CUGUACUGUGCAGACUUGGGCCUUGCUCUCCCAGCUGGUAAAAAAGAUACUUACGUCUCUUGUGUGUUUUGUUAAUAGGUCUCUUCUAAACGGGUCAGAACCCAACAGAGACGACAUCAGAAACACUUUACCGGGGCGAAGAAGAAAAGGAACUGGACUGUUGCUCAGUGGUCCAAAGUCUUCUCUUCAGACAAAAAUUAAUUUUGCAUUUCAUUUACAUUUCAGGGUCCUACAGGCUGAAUGAAGACUGGAGAAACACAGACUCCAAGGUGUUUGAAAUCCAAUGUGAAGUUUCUGCAGUCUGUGACAUUUUGGGGUGCCAUGUCACCUGCUGGUGUUGGUGGUGGUUGGUCCACUCUGUUUCAUCCAGCUCAAACCCAAUGCAGAGUCUACCAGGAGAUUUUAGAGCACUUGAUGUUUCCAUCUUCUUUCACACUUUAUAGAGAUGCUGAUUUCCUUUUCCAGCAGGACUUAACUGCCCACAGAGCCAAACCUCCUACUAAAUCAUUUGCUGACAUGCUGUUAUUUUGCUCGAUUGGCCAGCCAAGUAACUUGACCUGAACCCCACAGAGAGUCUAUGGAGUACUGUGAAGUAGAAGAUUAAAAAUACCUGACCCAAAGCUGCUAUCAAAGCAACCUGAACUUCAAUAAUCACCUCACCAGAGCCAUUAGCUGAUCGCCUGCAUGCCACACAGCACUGAUGCAAUAGUUUGUGAAAAAGGAGCCCCAACCAAGUACUGCGUGUAUAAAUGAACAUCCAUCUCAGAAGUUGGACAUUUUAUUCAUCCAUUCAUUUUCUUCUGCUUACCCUUUUCAGGGUCGCAGGGGGGCUGGAGCUUAUCCCAGCUGUCAUAUGGCAAGAGGCAGGUUAUAAAUCCUUCAUUCACUGAUCAGAGCAAAUAUUAUAAUAAUGUGAUAUGUUGGAUUUCUUUUUCAUGAGACAAAAUCAUCCAAGGGAAAACAAAAGUGUAAAAAUUAAAUAGUGCACGUUGUGGUUAAUGAAUGUAGAAAGAUUGCCUUUCUAGCUCUAGUGUACAUCUCCUUCAUGGGUGACGUGUCAAGGAAGUGACGCCUCCUGCCUGCAGGGGGCGAUGCUGCCCCGCUUUGUUGACAUGCGUCAUCAACCUGGGACGGACGGACCGUCAGAACCUGUAAUUAGAAGCUGUAGAGAGAGAGUGGCUGAGAUUGGGAGCGCAGUUCGAGCGAAAACAAAAGGAAAGAGCGGAUUUCUAAGCGCUGGAGGACACAUCUCAAUGGUUGGACUAUAGUGCAUCAGGAGCUGCAGCAGGGAUGAGGAUCCGGCUGCAGUGUCCCGGACACGCUGCCAGCCUUCUCUCCGAGCUUAAUCUCUGCCGCCAAUCGCGUCAGUACUGCGAUGUAUUCCUGCAAGUUGGCAAUCGGACAUUUGCAGCCCACCGUGCGGUGCUGGCCUGCGCUGGGACGUACUUUCGUAACCUGUUCACCAGAACUCCGACCACAUCCACUGCCGCCUUCUCUCUGGAGUUUAUCUCCCCAGCUAACUUUGAGAAAGUGCUGACGUUCGUCUACACGGGAGAGAUCGUGACUGAUCUCAUAGAUGUCGGGGUCCUGUACGAGCUGGCCGAGCGGCUCGGAGUCAGUGAAUUGGUGAAGGCUUGUCAUGCCACCUUCCCUGACCUGCAGGUUUCUGUAUCUGCAAACUGCAAAACGAGCAGUCCAGGAGAGGUCACCCUGGACUCCAGCAUGGUGACUGCUGCAGCCACGGUGGCUGCAGUUAGUGCAGCUUCUGUGUCGUCUGUGUGUUCCUCUGCCGCCUCCUGCUCCUCUCUGUCUUCAUCUGCUGGUCCGUCUGUUGCCCCCUCGCCUCUUUUCCAAACCAGGACAGGCAGGUCAGUCCGCGAAGCUCAGGCUGGGGCUCUGUCUCUGGACCUAAAGGCAGAAGAUGUCCAGUCUCAUAUCGGCUACGGGCAGAUGGCAGCAGAUCAUCCGCCUUUAUCCAGUAGCAGCAGCCAUUCAAUUCAGGCUGAUGCCAUGCAGCCUGUGGGCCCUGUGGUCCAGCUGAAGACAGAGCAGGGGCUUAACGAUGGGGAGGCGGAAGGCUGCUGUGAGGAUGGUGACACAGAUGGUCAAAUGGUUUCUGAGAGCGUGGGCGGCUCGCUUUCUCGGAGCAGUGACCCUGUCACGUCUGACUCCUGCUCCCUUCCUGACUCUUCAGCUCAGCUCAGCACUGAGGCCUGCGCUCCAACAUCAUCGUCACGAGAGUCUCCAGGUAGCCUGCAGGUGGCGGCGGUGGAGGGAGGUGUGGAUUUGCAGAGGGACAGCAGGCUGAUGUUUGGGGAGGUGGAGGAGGCAGAGACUGAGGAGGAGAGGGAGGCUCUGCAAGGUAAUGGAGCAGUGGAGGGAACAGAGGAGGAGCAGUGGAGGCAGUUUGCAGGAGAGAUCAUCGAGCUGAGCGACGAUGAGAACUUCUUGGAGGAGGGAGAGGAGGAGGAGGAUGAAGAUGACCUUGUGUGUGUGGAGAAUGGAGACGGAGGGAAUGUGAGCAGCCAGGUGUCGGGAAACAUGCUGACAUGUAAAGCUUGCACAGCACCGCUCCCAGCAGACCCGGCUGCUAUCAGAAGACACAGUGAGACCCACCUGACGGACUUGGGGCUCUGCAAGGUGUGUGGGGCCUCAUUUCCAGACCGUGCCACGGGCAUCGCCCACUCCUUCACGCAUGUGGGAGUGCAGCUCUUCACCUGUGACAUGUGCCACCUGCAGUUCUGCAGCCAAAAGAAACUGCUGCGGCACCACCGCCAGACGGCAUCCAGUUACACCAUCCCACAGGGGGCGCUGACCAACAGCAGCCGCAGCCUGGAGAUGCAGCAGUGUGCUGUGUGCAGCAAAACCCUCAGCAAGGACUUCCAGACUGUCAAAGAUCACCUGCUGAGCCACGUGUGUCCCCAGAGCCUGAGCUGUGGCGUGUGUCAUCUCCCCCAGCUGUCCCUGUGCUCCCUGCUGUGGCAUGCUCUCACCCACCUCUCCCUGCCCGUCUUCACCUGCCCACACUGUGCUCGCUGCUUUGUAGAACGCGCCCUGCUGGACAGACACAUGGCUGUGCAUGCUGAAGAGGCGGCGGCGAAGGAGAGGGAGCAGUCAGCACUGAGGGCUUACAGAGUCAGGGCAGAUGGUGGCAGUGGUGGAGGAGGAGCACCCGAGGAGCUGCAUUGCUUCCUGUGCCCGCAGACGUUCCGCUCGUCCUCAGCAUUUCAGUACCACCUCAGCCUGCACGCCAGCGAGUCCCCGGGAAACGGGGGAGGAGUUGGUGGCCAGGGGUGGUUAGGGAAACGUAAAGCAGAUCAGUCUCUGGAGUGCCCACCAUCUUCCUGCUCCUCCUCCUCUCCACGGGACGUCGGCAGCCUUGUUAAAAUGAGUAACCUUGGUUUGGGUUUGGGAAUGGCCUUAAACAUGCCGGAUAAGUUUUUUCAAGGGCCGAUACACGGCGCAUCUUCUGGGGUCCUAACCAACGGGACCUCUGGGCAGGACAGCGGAGUGGGACCUGCAGGGGUGCGUGGGAAGUGGUACCGGUGUCGCUACUGCGGUAAACGUUUCGCCCACUCUGGGGAGUUCACCUAUCACCUCCGUAUCCACACCGGGGAGAAACCCUACCAGUGCAAAGUGUGCCUGCGAUUCUUUAGGGGCCGCUCCACCAUGAUCUGCCACCUGAAGACGCACGCCGGCGCCCUCAUGUACCGCUGCACCAUCUGCGGCCUUUACUUCUCCACGCUGAAGCUGGUGUCGUCGCACAUGGAACUCCACAAGGACCACUUACCGCCGGACUUCAACAUCGAGCAGACCUUCAUGUACAACGACCACUCUAAAGAACCGCUGCCCACUGUGGACACCUGAUGGGCUGCCUAUUCCCUCUCUGAUGCCUCGUCUGUGUCUGGUUGUCGUGGACCACAUACUGCUUAUAGUAGACUAGAGCUGCAACUAACUGAUACACCAACACAUCGGCCUAUCAACAGAUAGGUGCUCCGAGGGCAGCGACUCUGCCCUGUUACAGCAAUGUAGUGCCGGCUAACUGUUAAAAAAUAACCUUUCAUUUUUUUAUUCCCCUGGUACAGAAGGGGGGAUCAAUAACAUGAAUAUCAACAAAAAAACAUCAGUAUGACAUCCAGCUAUUGGCUGAAUUGCUAUUAUAAACAUUGAUACUGGCCCAGAAAUGCAGUGAUUUUUGAAUUAAUCAUUCGAUCUCUAAAUUAUUGUAAACAUCUUAAUAUUGCUUAUUUUGUUUGGCCAACUUUUCCAAAACACACAGAUGUUUACAUAAAUUCAUGUAACUCUGGAUCCAUUAAUUUUUUUUUUUACACAACUACAGGAUAUAAUCUAGCCAAAUUAUUUCAGAUUACAGAUUGUAAUCUGUAAUCUGUAGUCUCCCACUAAAGGCCAUUUCCUUUGGCCAGUUUGACUAAUUAAGUAUAUGUUUAGUCUGUUUAAAAAAAACAAAAAAAAAAAACAAGUGGCAGUCUUCAAAAUGAUUGUGUUGUCUUAAAUCAGUGAUUGUAAUUGCAGUGUAAUUACACUGCAAUUACAUAUUGAGUAGCACCUCAUUGUAGCACAUUAGACAAAUACUAAAUAUUUUCAUAUGUAUUUUUUCUUUUCUACAGUGUUUUAAAGCAUUGAUUCCCAAACAGAGAGCGGUACUUGUACCCUGAGGGUUACUUAACACAGGUCUUUGAGGGGCUCUGAGGUUUCACAUAAUUUUUUGCAGCACAUGAAGAUUGAUGUUUCGAGUGGCAUCUUCUUUGUUUAAGUCCAAAGAUUAAUCAAUUUAGAAAAACCACAAAUUACAAAUAGAUUGUGGAAAACAAAUGCGGUGCUGAGAUAAUGAUAACUGAUUUAAAAAAAAAAAAAAUAGGUCACUUAAGAUUUAUUUAUGUAGAGCCAGUUCACAACAGCAGUCAUCAAAAAGUGCCUUGUAUUAGAAGGUAAAGACUCCUUAAAAUCUUUGCUACAAAAUAGUCACCUAAAAGUAGUGCGUUAAAUGGCUAAAAUAUGUUUGCAUUUAAUGAAUAAAUGAUCAGAAUAGACAACUAAAAUUUAGUGGAUUUUAUGUUGAAUUUAGUGGAUUCAUGACAGAAACAUCCUGGUUUACCAGAGCUGCACACUGACUGACUGACUGAACGUUAUGUAAAAGGAAUUUUAACACUAUUAAAGUUGAUUAAAACCAAAUGUACACUUUUUGGAAUAUUAUAGAUGAUUUAUGUAAUUUGGCCCCCGAGUACAGAAGUCCAGUCAGCUCAUUAAUAAGAUGAGUCAGCCCAACAGAUACUUAAUUGAUUAAUUGAUUAAUUAAUUAAAGUCUGAGGAGAACGAGAUUCUUCCACCUGUUGAAGUCUUUGCUGCCUCACCUCCCGCUGGUCAACUCCAACUCCUCCCACUUUCUCAUCCCCUAGUUUCUACAUUCUUGCAUCCUCUCCUUCUGUUUUAAUCACUCAUCCAAGCAGAAGAGAGAGGGGGCUCGAGGCAACAGGAAUAAAAGGCAUAUGCCCUUGCCUCAUUUUACAGCAGUGUCAAAUUUGCUUUUUCACAGCUACUGCAGCCCUUUAUGGGCUCAGAUGUACCAGUGUUCAUGAUUUUUUUUUUUUUUUAAUCAUUCCCAGUAUCUCGCAGAUAUACCUUUUUUGCAGAGUAAAAGGCAGAGCAUCCAUCCAUUUUCUGCCACUUAUCUGGGUCCAGGUUGCAGGUGAAGCAGUCUUAAGCAGAGAUGCCCAGACCUCCCUCUCCCCAACCAGCUCUUCCAGGGGGAUACUGAGGAGAAGUGGCCUGACUCUGAGUCCAUCACAAAUGACCGAGCUCCUCAUCUUAUCACUAAGAAAGAGCCUAGAUGCCCAGUGGAAGAAGUCAGUUUCUCUCAUUCUUUCAGUUACUACCCGGAGUUUGCUACCAGAGGUGAGGGUAAAAGCGUAGAUUGACCGGUAAAUCGACAGCUUCGCUUUCACGACCGGUGCAGCAUCCAAAUCAAAGCAGAUGCCACAGCAUUCUGUCAGUAUGCUGUUUUCCAGCUAAUAACCAUAGCCUCAGGUGCUAAUUCUCACCCCAGCCAAUUCCCGCUCAGCUGCAGCACGAGCUGGACAGUCAUGGCUCGAUGAGGCCAACAGACCGCGUCAUCUGUGAAAACCUGAGAUGAGAUCCUGAGACCGCCACAUUCAGUGACGCUCUUCUGAUAAGCUUGAUUCUAGAGGAGGAUGUUUAUUCUCUGCUACAAACCUACUGCAUGCUGCUGUUUUUUUUUUCCUUCUUUUUGAGGACCUGUGAGGACUUUAGCAUCAACAUCUGUUUCCCUAACCUUUUGUGACAUGGCCAGAAAAAACAUAACAAAACUGGGAAUCACUGUUUUAAAGCACAAAAAUUAGUAUUUUUAUAGUGUAGAAACUUAAAAUAUUUCUAUUUAUUUCUGUUUCUGUUGAUCGAUUAAUCGUUUACCUCUGGACUUUUAAAGGUAGUGGCCAUAUUUUCUGUUAGAAACCGUUCACCGAGUCAAACUGCAGUUUUGUCUCUUUGAACUAAGAGAAGACGAAGCCACUUGGUGGCAGUGUGUCCUGAUGUUAGUAGGUGAAAGACAGGAAGCUGUUGCAGCUCUCUGUAUGUAUGAUCUACUAUAACAUCAGGGUAGGUUUUUAAUGUCAGUGAUUGUAAUUACAGGGUAGUUACACUGUAAUUGCAUAUUAAAGUAGCACCUCAUUGUAGCAUAGUAAUUCUUCCUAUUUACAGUCACUAUUUUAAACACACAUUUUUUUUAUCUGUUCUUAUGUUUCAUGUGUCACUCAGCACGUGAACCUAACAUUGAAGUGCCCAUUUACACAUUUCUGUGUGAUAUUUGUCUUACCUCAUAUUUAUGACAGCAGUGCAACUAUUUAUUUUAUUCCUUUUAUCUAUUUCUAAAGAUAAAUAUGAAUGUUUUUUUUUUUUUAUAUUGUUUUUGAAACUAAUAAAAUAAAUGCCUCUAGGAAGACUGUUAUCACCCCUGAAUUGUUUUUGUUUUUUUUAUCUGUUCGAUGCCCUGCUCCAUCAUCAGAAAUUCAGUGAUGAAUUUGCAGAAAUCUGCAUUGCCUGCUUCCAGCAGCUCAGACCUUUGCCCUUUCAAAGCCUGGUCUCUUCCUGCCAUUGUGCCAUUUGUGGACAGACACCACCUCCCCCACCACCCUUUUCCUUUUUUUUUGCUGCCUUCUUAUCAUUUUAACUGUUGAACAUGACACAUUCCAGAAAUGGAAGUCAGUGUAAUAAAGAUCUGCAGAAGGAAGAAAAGAUAGCCAAGUACAAAAAAAGCAGAUUUGCUUGUUAAAAUAAACAAAAGUUUCCAAAUGA